AUGAGGUCGCAACGCCGAUUGAGACUCUAUGUGGUUGUUGUCGUUGUUUUCUUAUUGGUAUUUACCUAUUUUACGACCGAUACUGGCGGCGGAAUCCAGAGCCACCGCUUCUAUAAGAAAACCGUCACAGCCAUGGACAAUGCGCACACCGCAACUAUUAAAAAGAACAACGAGGCCAAGGAUGCCAAGGAUCGAUCGCAUAUACAGAGACUCGACCUUGAGAAUAACAAUAACAACAAUAAUGGUGGCACGCGAAGAACGACAAGUUCUCCGAACAGCUAUAAUGAGAAGCAGGAGAAACCAAUUGGUGCAAGCCACGGCAAGGCUGACGACUCGGAUGAAAUUUCGGUCGCUGGAAGAACCAAGAUGCCAAUCCCGAAGCCAAAGGAAGAUCAAGUUCGGCUCUCUGAGAAGGAGCCUGAAGCGGUGGAUAAGCCGGUUGAGUCUAAAAGUGAUGUCGCAACCGAACAUAAGCAUGAGACUUCAAAGGAGGAGGAAGAGGAGCGAGAGGCUAGUGCUGAACUUGAUUCAAUCUUGAAACGGUCUCCGAUCAUUGUCUUCUCCAAGUCCUACUGCCCUUUCAGCCGAAAAGCCAAGUCAAUUUUGAACCAAUACAACAUCGUGCCAGCCCUCUACAUUGUCGAACUAGACAAACAUGCACUCGGUCCUCAACUCCAGAAGCUUCUAGGAAAAAUUACAGGUCGUCGCACCGUUCCCAACGUUCUAGUCAAUGGCAUCAGUAUCGGUGGAGGUGAUGAUGUCGAAGCCCUUGACAGAGAUGACGAACUCAUCUCGAAGAUUAAGUCCAUUGCGGGCAAGAGUAUUAUGGAGAUUGAGCGCUUGCCGGCGGCUGAAGAAUCUCAUGCACGUGAGCAUGAGAUUUGA